UAAAGAUCAGUGUAAGAAGAAAUUUGAAAAUCCUAAAUCAUUAUGUGGAUUAUACACCCUGUCUUCAUUAUUACAUCCUGUUUGUUUCUCAGUUCGCUGGAAGGGACUGAAGAAGCUUUAACAAAGAUGAAACAGGCUUCAAGCAAAGGAAAUACAGUUUGUGCUGUUCUUAAUCCUUUGGUGUAUGGCAUCAUCUGUUUCCUUGCUACCAUGGUUCUCAUUCUCCUGAUACUUUUGUGUAAAUUAAUCAGUGCAAGGCAUGGUGGCAUUAGAGGAGACAAUAUCAACAUGAAUACCGACAGAGGGGAAUCAUCCCCUUUGAGCCAGAAUAAUGCACUAAAUGUUUGUCCUCUUUCAGUCAACGGUGCAGAUGAUUCAUCCUCUACUAGUUCUGAGAGCUCUGUAGGCACGGCCACAGAUCUUUCCUCUAAUUCCCAGCAAUGUGUGAGUCUCCAAGGCCGUCGUAAGACUUCUGACUACAUAAAUGUUUCAGAGGGUGCUUCAUCUGGAAGAGUGGACUUUAAGAAUAAAAAAACAGGCAAGGACUAUGUAAAUGUUAAAAAACCCCACAAAGAGGUCAUAAAAGGAGACGAGGAGAACCGUGAUGAUGGCAGCAAUGCAAGCAAUGCAAGCACUGAGUCUGUAGUGAAUUACUCAGAGAUUGUCUUUACUAAAGUAGGCAAGUAAAAAUAGCUUCAAAUAAGAUUUCUUUAAUAUUUCAGUUGUUUCUCCUAGAUAAAAUUGAGAUAUAAUUGAGAGCAAAUGGAGACUUUUCUUUAGAGGUACACUCAGUAUUGUUAUCUGUAUUUAAAAAGAUUUGUACAUGCAAAAAUGUUUAAAGUCAUGUUUAAAAUUAUGUAUACUCACAUGAAAUGAAGACUCCAGUCAUGUCAGUAGCCUAAAAUGGAUCACAUGACCAGCCCAGUGCAGCCAUAUUGGCCAGCACAACAUAAACAAAAAUUAGUGGGUGCACCUUUAAUUCUCCUGCUUCUCUGUAUUUUUAUUUUUUUUUAAAGAUCCAAGUCACAUGUGUUUUCUUCUAAAGUUUCAGAAGAGAGAUUGUCUCAAACUAUUUCUUAGAUGUGCCAAGAUACCAAAAUCAAGAGAUCUCAAUAUAAAACAAAGUUUCCUCAUCAAAGUCUUAGAAGGCAAAAUUGUUUGAGCAAUGCUAUCCACUUUAAUUGUAUA